UUGGCUUCGAGUUGCGGAGUGAACUGACUGGCUACUUUUUGUGUGAGGAACCGGCGCUUGAGUUCUGCAUCUGCUGCGUAUCGUAGUCGUUUACGAUUGCGUUUAGUUGUUGGUUUCUACAGAGACAACCAGAAAGACUGCUCACUAGUCAGAAUGUUGCCGCUAUCCCUGCUACGGACGGCCCAGAAUCACCCUAUGCUCGUGGAGCUCAAGAACGGCGAGACAUACAACGGCCACCUUGUCAGCUGCGACAACUGGAUGAACAUCAACCUCAGAGAGGUUAUCUGCACGUCCAGGGAUGGCGACAAGUUCUGGCGCAUGCCGGAGUGCUACAUCCGCGGCAGCACGAUUAAGUACCUCCGCAUCCCCGACGAAGUGAUUGACAUGGUCAAGGAGGAAACGCUGGUCAAGGGUCGGGGACGCGGUGACGCCGGCAAGCGUGGUGGACCCGGAGGACGCGGUGGCCGAGGCGGCAGAGGUGGUACGUUUGGAGGCCGAGGUGGCAGGGGUGAUGGAGAUGGCCGAAGAGGCGGCAGCCAAGGAGGCAGGGGCGGAAGGGGUGGCCGUGGUCGUCCAAAUUAGUCUCGCCAUGGCUCAAGUCCUACCCGAGCAAACUCAUUUUAGGGAGCUUGGCUCAAAGACUGCUACCAUCAUUGUGUACAUUGCAACAAUGUAACUACCUGUCACAUGGAUCCCAUCCUGUAAAUAAAUCCUCACUGGUAAAAUC